ACUUAUGUUUGCUUGGAGAAAUUCAGAAAAAUCACUUUUUCACUAGCUUUAGGGUGAAUACAAAUCAUCAGUGUCGCCAGAACUUUUUUCUCCAGUCAGAUGGAUAGGUGCUCAAGUUGUCUUUUAUAAACGAUAUCUAAACAAAAAUAAUCUUUCGUUUGUAAAGAUUUAUCUACUUGAAUCAUCCAUACCGAUGCCAGCAUGGAGCCGUUGCUUGGUACUCAGGAAGAGAGCCAACAUAUUUCUGGUGGGUUUGAUUGUGUGUUUUUUAUUUAUGAUCUUCCUCAUGAUUAAACUACAGAGAGACACAGAGCAACCAUUUGAUAAUAAGGGAAAACAUGAAAACGAAGAGCCAAGGACAGUAGCUACUGUAGAUGACCAUAAGAUGGCUAUCUUGGUUCCUUUCAGAGACAGAUUUGAAGAGUUAUUGGAGUUUGUGCCAUACAUUCACAACUUUCUCAAUAAACAAGGAACCGCCCAUCAGAUUUUUGUGAUUAAUCAGGUGGAUGACUAUAGGUUUAACAGGGCAUCCCUCAUUAAUGUUGGUUUUCUGGAAAGUCAGAAGGACUGUGAUUACAUUGCCAUGCAUGACGUUGAUCUGGUACCCGUGAAUCCAGCCAUAACCUACCCAUACCCCCGGACAGGAGUCUAUCAUGUCGCCUCCCCAGAGCUCCACCCCCUGUAUCACUACCCAAAGUUUGUGGGAGGGAUUCUGCUUCUCACAAGGGAUGCCUUCGUCAGUACGAAUGGCAUGUCUAAUCGUUUCUGGGGUUGGGGAAGGGAAGAUGAUGAAUUCUACGUCAGAAUGCACCAUCAGGCACUAGAGAUUGAGAGACCAGAGGGGAUCACCACAGGUAACCAGACAUUCCGACACAUCCACAACCGAAGGAAACGCCCACGAGAUAACUACAGAUAUUUUGGACAAACACAGAAAACAAGUCGUCUUGACAGAGAGACAGGAGCCAGUAAUGUCCGUUAUACUGUAAAGAGCCGAGUAGACAUCACAGUGGAGGGGGCACCUGCCAGAAUUAUCAGUGUUGUGUUGAAUUGUGAUUUAAAGGCCACACCAUGGUGUUUAAAGCCACAGUACCACUCUGUGUACAAAUCUAAAGGACUGAUACCGUAAAGUGUUCAUACACAAAGUACCCAUACCAAGGGGUCAUGUACAAAGGACUGAUAUAGAGUAAAGGGGUCAUAUACAAAGUAUCCCUACAAAGGGGUCAUAUACAAAGUAUCCCUACAAAGGGGUCAUAUACAAAGACUGACAUCGUAUCAUAAAGGGGUCAUGUGCAAAGGACUGAUAUCAAAGAGUAAAGGGGUCAUAUACAAAGCACUGAUAUCAUAGAGUGAAGGGGUCAUAUACAAAGACUGAUAAUGUAAUGUAAAGGGGUCAUGUACAAAGGACUGAUAUAGAGUAAAAGGGUCAUAUACAAAGUCUGAUAUCGUAUUGUAAAGGGGUCAUGUACAAAGGACUGAUAUCAUAGAGUACAAAGCACUAGACUGUUGUACACAGGAUGCCUGCCUAUAGAAAUAAUUAAUACCACAGAGUACAGCCUGUUUGUGAUAAUUAGGACUCUUAGAAGUCUGUAAAUAGACCUGAUGUUUGUCACAGCUGGAGCAUUAAUCAAGAAGGCAACACUCAAGGCCAAAUAAUUUGCUACUGUUGAUAUAAUGCUAGCAGCACAGCAUCUAAUAUUCUUUACAGGUGCAAGAGCUUGAUGCACAAUAUUUUCAUUGCAACUGGUUGCCAUAAUUAUUGUGUGGUGAAAAAGGACUUUAAAUCAGAGCUCUCAACAGCUCUCUUCAUGAAAUCAACUGAUACACAACAUUUAUAGUGCUAAUUACUGUAUCCAUAAGAAUACAUUACCUUUAUGAACUUUAUUAUGCGCAAUCCAUUUCUUGAAGAAAAUGAAAUGCAUAUCAGAGAGUGUGAAGUGAAAGUUUGUUGAUUUACAAACAGAAUGUGUAUGUACUAACUACUUAAAAAUCAAAGAAAUCAAUGAGUGCCAAAUAUUGUAAUUGAUCAGCUACUUGUACAAACUAAGCCACAGUGACAUUACGAUUGAACAGCUACUGUAAAAACUAAGCCACAGUGAUACUAGUAUUACGAUUGAACAGCUACUGUACAAACUAAGCCAGAGUGUUGUUUUUAGAAAAAGAUGAUAUAUAAACUAGGUGUCUUGCACUGUAGAUGAAGUCACAAAAGACUGGGAACUUACAGCAGUGAAAAAAAUCAGCAGCAACAAGUGCCUGGAUUCUCUAAAGCUUUAUUUGAUAAAGAAGUGGCUGUUUCUUUAUAUCAAAGAAUCUCAAAUUUGUAAUUGAACCAAAUCAGAUAAAACAGACAAACUUUUUGGGCAUAUUCUUUUAGAAAAGGGACUGUGUGCAAUAAUAUAACUAUGAAUGUAUGAUUUUUAGAAAUUGAAAACAAAGUUUUAUUUCUACAGAAAAAGUUGAAUGUUUCAAGCUUUAGAUGAAAAUGUUUUUAUACCAAGACCUUCUCUGUAAUUUGAUUUUCUGUGAA